AUGUGCUUCCUCCUUCCUGGGAACCUGCUGCAGUACUGCAGUCUGUCACAUCAGCUCUCCCUUCAUAGAGACCUGGCAGCAGAAAGGGAAGCCUUGAUGGAGAUGGCAUAUCCAGAAGUGCAAGUUUUCUGCCAAAAGCAUGGCUUGAUGUUUGAGGUUAUUGAUUUAAGAUGGGGCACCUUUGAUCACAUGGAGACCCACCAUAUGUCUACCCAACUCUCUUUAGAAGAAAUCAAACGCUGCCAGAAACUUUCAGUGAGUUCCAGCUUCAUUGCACUGCUUGGAAACGAUUACGGCCACUGCUCCACUCCUCUGACCAUUGUGGAACAGGAAUUUGAGGCCAUUAGAGCACAACUCCUGGAGGAGCCCAAGACCUUACAGCUUCUGGCCCGAAGGUACCUGAAGGAUGAGAACGCCAUUCCUCCCGUGUAUGUUCUGCAACAAUCAUCUCAGGCAGACCCAGAUGGCGCAGAGGAAGACUUGCUCUUGAUCCUCCGUAGGGCCGCCUGCCAAGCAGAAAAGUAUGGGCUCAUCAGCCGGGAGCAAUUGCAGAACUAUCACAAGUCAGAGAUAUUUCAGGAGAUUGAGGCUGGCCUCUUCAGAUCAGGUGAAUGUGAUGGCCAAAGUACCAUGAUAUUCUUCACAGAAGUGGACAUGCCCAUAUCAGAUAGAGUGGACUUACUACUGGGCACAGAUGAUGUUGGAGAUGAGCUGCACCCUGAAGAACCACAACAGUUAGCAGAUCUGAAGGCAAGCAUCGUAAGCAGGUAUCCUGAGCUGAUUAAGGUUCACAGGAUUCCACCUGUGGUAGAACCCAGGUCUUUCCGGCAGAAGCCCUGGCCCAAGUAUUUGAAGGAUUUCUGUGACCAGUUUAUUGCUGCCACCAACCAUUAUGUGCUCAGGAGCCUGAGAUUCCAAGAACAAAAUCUUGGGAAGCCACCUGAGCUGAUUCGAGAGCUCACUCAUCACAUGGCCCUUGGUCAAAAACACAGCCAGGCUUUCUGCUGGCAGCAGGACCUGCUGGGUCUCAUUUGCCAACGCAUUAAAUGGAACCACCAUCAGGCCCAUUCCCCACUUGUCAUCUAUGGACCCUCAGGAUGUGGCAAAACAGCCCUGUUGUACCAUUUAAGUGAAGCCAUACAAACCACCUUGGAUCAGGAAACGGUGGUAAUCCUUCGUUUGCUGGGAAGUUCACAGGAUAGUUCCACACCUAACAGCCUUCUCCACAGCCUCUGCCAACAAGUUUGCUUAGCUAUGGGCUUCCCUUAUACCAAGCCAGUUGGCAAUCUAGGCCUGCUCUUCCACCACCUGCUUUCUUCAGCUUCUUGCCAGGGCACCCGGUCCUUUGUCCUACUCCUUGAUUCAAUGGAGCAGCUACACACACCUAGAAAUGCUCACAGAGCUUUCUGGUUGCCAAAAAUCUGUCCUCCAAAGACACACAUGAUUCUUACUAUGCUGCAGAAAGAAAGUGAAGUUCUACAGAAGAUGACUGGGGCUUCAGAGGAUUAUUUUGAGAUGGGGCCUCUUUCUCAGGAGCAAGUGGGGGAGAUUCUCUCCAAAACUUUGGCAUCCACAGGACGUACACUAAGGCCCACCCAGCAGGAGUUGUUCCUGCAAAGCUUUGCAAAAGGUGGGUAUGCUCUGUCAGUAGCCCUGGCCAUAAGACAAGCCCAGCGUUGGACUUCAUACGUUCAACUUGCAGCACCAGCCAUAUCAUCUACAGUCUCGGAGUUUGCGCAUCGCUUGUGUGACCACCUGGAGAUGGUGCAUGGCUCUGUCUUAGUAGCACAUGUACUUGGCUAUCUUGCCUGUGCCCGACACGGGCUCUCAGAAGCAGAGCAAAAAGAUAUCUUGUCCCUCGACAAUGAGGUUCUCACUGAGAUUUAUUGGCUUCAUCCUCCUCCAAGCAAGGUGACCCUCCGCUUUCCACCCCUACUAUGGGCUCACUUAUACCAGGACCUGGCCCAGUGGCUGGAGGACCGGUGGGCGGAUGGCUUUGCGCUGAUGGAUUUUGCCCACAGGGAGUUGGCUGAUGCUGUGGAGCAACGCUACCUGUCUGUGCCAGAGGAAAGGACCAAGCGUCACCUGCUCCUGGCAGAUUACUUCAGGGGAACUUGGAGCUGGGGCAUGAAGAAACCCAUCCAGCUGCCCUCCUCCAACAAGCCUGUGAGCUUUGACAGGAAGGUGAUUCCUCAACCUCUCUGGUUCUCUGGCAUCGUUACAAACCAGAGGAAAUUGAGUGAACUGCCCUUCCAUUUACUACAGGCAGGUCUGUUUGAGGAGUUGCAAAGAGAUAUUUUGGGGAACAUGAAUUGGAUCAUCUGCAGAGCAACUUCCACUGGCAUAGAGAGCCUGACUGCUGACUUUGCCAUGUGCUUGCCCAGAUCAACUGCCCAGAGCUGCAUCUCCUGCAAGAGACUUUCCUGCUUCUGCAGCCUCUUGUGGAUAGCAAACGGAUCCACGGAGGUAGAUAAUCACUGUCAACCUUGUAGCUUAGGAGUGACUCCCAAGAACCUUGCCCAGUCUAGCAAAGUGAGUAUGAUCUACACGGAGAUAUUGGCACGGCUGUUUUUCCUCAGGCAAUCCUACCCUAAGAUCAUUGGUAAUAUGUGUGGGCAAUGUGAAAGCUGGUUUGGUGCUUGGACCCAGCCUGUCCUCAUCCCUCGCUCUGGAUUUUUCCAUCCACCUGGAGGACCUCUGUGCAAAACACUGCCUGGAUUUCCUGCAGGCACUUCAGUGCUGGAAUUCAACUUUGACCAAAAGUUGCUUCUGGCUGGUUCUCUGGAUGGGUCUAUGAUCGUUUGGGACAUGGAAGAUUUUACUGUGCAACAUGUCCUAAUAGGACACUCUGCUGAAGUGAAAUGUGUGAAAUUAUUUGGGAAAGGUUCCCGUGCUGCCUCGGUGGCCAUGGAUCGGACGCUGCGCUUGUGGCGUCUGGAAUCUGCCAGGGAGGACUUCUCUAUCCACAAUGUUCAUCCUGGAGAGUUGAAGUGUUGCCAGUUGCAUAUUGAUGAAAAGAACCAGAUGAUAUACUGGGCAUCAGGUUUGGAGGUCAGCGCUUGGCAUCUGGAGACAGCUGUACCCGUUUUCCAGAUCUCUGCUGAGCCUCCAGACCAAUGGCUCUGUGGAACUGUGUUUGUACCAAGGCUGGUGAUUGUGACUGUAUCUGAACGGGGUGUUUUCAGCCUGUGGGACAGCAUCAGUGGACAGCUACACUCCAAGCAGGAACUGAUAGGGCUGGGAGAAGAGACACCAACAUGCACUAUAUUGCUCCACACACUGGGCAGGAUGGUGGCCGGCUUCAGCAAGGGCUCUCUCUUGAUGAUCUCUUCUGAUGGACACAGCCUGCUGGAAAAGCUCCCAGAAAGGAUCAGCUUUGUGGUGCUUUCAAAAGACGAAUCUCUCCUGGCAACAGGUUUGAGUGAAUAUCCUGCUCCCUUACUCUACAUUGGUGCCCCCAGUGUAAAUGACAUCGAGCUGGUCAUGCUUCCCAAUCUUGAUGCAGCCCUCAAUGAAACUGAGUUUGACAUCCCUGCCUUGGCAGGAGUGGCAGGUUUUGGGCACCGUGUAAGAGUUUUCCUGGGCAACGUGACAGGAUUCCAUCAACUCCUGGCCUCAGAUUUGCUGCAUUCUGCUGAGGUUUGUGCAGCUGCUAUUUCAGCAGAUCAUACCACCAUCGUCACAAGUUCCCAGGAUGAAUGCAUAUGGGUCUGGUGUCUAGCCAAACAGGGUUUGCUGACAGAUGUUUUGACUGAUACCGGGACGCCUUCUACACACCUGGCUCUCUGGGAUGUUACCCUGGUAUCCGCCUCUUGCCACACAUCUCACCUCAGAGUCUGGGACCUCAGCUGUGAUCGCAAGCACAAACUACUCCCACCUUAUAUGGCAAGCAAGAGCUGCAUCAGGCUUUCCCACAAUGCCAAAUACAUUUAUUUUCCCCAAGAUUAUUACAGCUCUAGUGUUGUCAUUUGGGAUACAGAGGCAGGAAAGGAGCAUGAUAAAUUGGAUGCAUCGGCUCCAGUCCAGUGUCUGGAAGUGGCUGAGCAGAAGAAUCUUCUCUUUGUUGGACUGGUUUCUGGAACAGUGCUGGUGUUUCCCUUGGAUUCCAGGCAAGAUGUUGGUUGCAUCCCUCCAUCAGAGAACCCAAAACCCAUUUGCAACUUGGCACUCACUCAGAAGGAAGAUCAGCUGGCAGUUGCCUGUGAUGACCUUGUGCAGGUCCUGGAUCUGCAUCAGGAAGAGAUGGGUCUCUUGAUUGACCGCCCGGCUUACACCUUUUACACACAGAUCCCUGGUGCCACAAUUUCUAACGUGGCUCUUCUGUCUGGAUACCGAGUGCUCUAUGGAAUGACCAAUGGGGAGCUCUUCAUGUACUACUGCUUGGAGGCCCAUGUGUUCCCACUAGAAGCUCAUGGGAACUGCAUCACCUGCCUGAUGACCAGCCAUGGAGAGAAAUGGCUGCUGAGUGGCUCAGAAGAUUCACUGCUGUGUCUCUGGGAUGUUCAGCUCUGCUCCUGGGAGCACCAGAUGUUUUUCCAGAAGCAAGAUUCCUUUUCCCGUGACAUUUUCUGUGCAUGUUUUUCAAUGGAUGACCAGUACCUGUUCAUCAGCUCUUUGGAUCAACGUAUUACAGUGUGGGAUGUCUCACGAGGGGCCCUCUUAGCAGUUCAGUUUGUGCAUGCAAAAAUUACCAGGAUGGUGUCAACAGCUGAAGGCUUUGUUGCAACAACACAACUUGGCUACCUCAUGCGGGAGAGAUUCCACAGCCCACAGGCCAUCAACUUUUGCAAUGAUAUGCUCAGCAGUGUUAAAGCAACGUACACAAUGAAAUCUCGGCCAAAAGAGAGCCAGAAUCCAGGAGAGAUUCAGGGCAAUCUAAGGAACGCUCCGAGCUGUACCAACAAGCUAUCACAAAUUUGUAGGAUUGUGUGA